CAUCCUCUGUCUUUCCACUAUAAAUAAGAGACCCAGCCAGCCCAGGAUCUCUCAGCUCCUCUCUCCUGCUCUGCAUCUACCCACCUCCCUCUGAAUCACUAGCUACCCCUUCCCCCUUCUCUCUCUCUGUCUCUCUCUCUGUCUCUUUCUUGCUUGCAACGGUGAGGUAGAGCAAUGGCACGCAAGAAGAUCAGAGAGUACGACUCGAAGAGGCUGUUGAAGGAGCACUUCAAGAGGCUCGCCGGUUAUGAGCUCCCCAUCAAAUCUGCCCAAAUUACCGAAUCGACUGAUGUGAACGAGCUAGUGGAGAAGGAGCCAUGGCUCUCAUCAGAGAAGCUUGUCGUGAAGCCCGACAUGUUGUUUGGGAAGCGGGGGAAGAGUGGCCUCGUUGCCCUCAAUCUUGACUUAGCCCAAGUGGCUGUCUUUGUAAAGGAACGUCUCGGCAAUGAGGUCGAGAUGGGUGGGUGCAAAGGGCCUAUUACUACUUUUAUUGUUGAACCUUUCGUCCCUCACAAAGAGGAGUUUUACCUUAAUGUUGUCUCGGAGCGCCUCGGAAGCAGCAUAAGCUUCUCAGAAUGUGGUGGUAUCGAAAUUGAAGAGAAUUGGGACAAGGUCAAAACUAUUUUUAUUCCAACAGGUGCAUCUUUUACUUCUGAAGUGUGCGCUCCUCUCAUUGCUACCCUGCCCUUGGAGAUUCGGGGAGUGAUUGAGGAGUUCAUCAAGGCAGUUUUCGCUCUCUUUCAAGAUUUGGACUUCACGUUCUUGGAGAUGAACCCCUUCACAUUGGUUGAUGGGAAGCCUUAUCCUUUGGACAUGAGGGGCGAACUUGAUGACACUGCUGCUUUCAAGAACUUCAAGAAAUGGGGCAAGAUCGACUUCCCGAUGCCAUUUGGAAGGGUCAUGAGCCCCACAGAAACCUUUAUUCAUGGCCUGGAUGAAAAGACCAGUGCAUCUCUCAAGUUCACAGUUCUGAACCCAAAGGGCAGGAUUUGGACAAUGGUUGCUGGUGGUGGCGCUAGUGUUAUUUAUGCCGACACUGUUGGAGAUCUUGGGUAUGCCUCUGAGCUCGGUAACUAUGCAGAGUACAGUGGGGCCCCGAAUGAAGAGGAAGUCUUGCAGUACGCUCGAGUCGUUAUCGAUUGUGCAACUGCUGAUCCUGAUGGUCGUAAGCGGGCCCUUGUUAUUGGAGGAGGUAUAGCUAACUUCACUGAUGUUGCUGCUACAUUUAACGGCAUUAUCCGUGCCUUGAAGGAGAAGGAAUCAAAGCUUAAAGCUGCAAGGAUGCACAUCUACGUGAGGAGAGGAGGCCCCAACUACCAGAGAGGUCUCGCUAAGAUGCGUGCCCUUGGGGAGGAAAUUGGCAUCCCCAUCGAGGUUUACGGGCCGGAGGCCACCAUGACUGGAAUCUGCAAACAGGCGAUCGAGUGCAUCUCUGUUGCUGCAUGAGCUAGUUCGACAGAGUCAAAAGAAUCUAGUUUCCGUGUUUCCAGUUACUGUCUUUCAUUUUCCAAAUUGUUGGGUCGAAGAAAGAAACCAAUGGAAGUACCUCAGUGUCUUUAAAAUGUUGUAGCUUUUUAAUUUCUAAUUCCUGUAUGGUCGGGAUCAAGGUACGAGCAUGGUCCUGAGAACAAAAAUUCAUUGAUGUAAAGGCUGGUGAUGCUGUUCUCUACUUAAUAACAAAGAAUUUUGAUUCUGUGUAA